AUGCAUUCUCGAACUUCGCUCCUGACUGCUUUGAUUCAGACUUCCCGUCGUCGUCCUAGACUCUCACUCAUCUCCCGACCAUUACUCUCAUCAAACCAUCACUCAACCAUGGCGUUCCAAUACCCCCUCAUCACUCUGGAAGAACACUGGUGCUCGAAGCAUGUCCGAGACUUCUACGCUACCAAAGGUGUCCCGGAUCCCAACGACGAGAAGAGUGCUGUCGGUUUCGCCACUGAAGCUCUCAUGGAGUUCGGAGACAAACGCUUCUCGUCACUGGACGACAACGGCGUCGCCAUGCAGGUCGUCAGCCAUGUGGCCAACACUAUCGCUCUCGACAUCGACACCUGCAAGAAAGUCAAUGACGAGUUGCACGGCCUGACCAAGCAGCGACCAGGACGCUUCUCAGGCUUCGCAACAUUGCCGAUGCUGGAUCCUGCUGCUGCCAGUACGGAGCUUCGUCGAUGCGUGAACGAGUUGGGCUUUGUCGGCACGCUGGUCGACAAUAACACCGAAGGUCGCUUCUACGACGACUCCUUCUUCUGGCCGGUGUUCGAGACUGCAACGGAGCUCGACGUCCCAGUGUACAUCCAUCCAGCCCCGAACGAGGAAGCGCGAAAGCUGUUGUACGCUGGCAACUAUCCGACUGCGGUCUCGGAGUCGAUGAGCCAGUACGGUUUCGGCUGGCAUAGCGAGACGGCGGUACACUUCUUGCGACUGUUUGCUGCGGGAGUAUUCGACCGCUUUCCAAAACUGAAGAUCGUUCUUGGCCACAUGGGUGAGAUGCUGCCCUUCCAGCUGGAUCGUAUUGAGAAGAUAAGCGGACGACAAUGGCCGCACCUCGGCGUCAAGCUAGAACGUCAGCUUCGCCAGGUCUGGGACGAGAAUGUGUGGAUUACCACUUCCGGAAUGUUCGCUUUGGCGCCGAUGGCAUGCUUGGUAAGACAGUGUAAGCCUGGGAGGAUCAUGUUCAGCGUGGACUAUCCUUUCACCGGCAAUGAGGCCGGCGUGCACUUCUUGAACGCGCUGAAGGAGAGUGAUAUGGUGGAUGAUGAGAUGCUCGAAGGUAUAUCGUAUAAGAAUGCUGAGCAGCUUCUGAAAUUGAGUGUUAAGGCGGAUUGA